UUCUCUUCUUCUCGCGUCCAUCCCUUCUCUUUCUCUUCUCUUCUCUGCCUCCCAAGAAAAAUCGCAUCUUUUCCUCCCUUCCUCCUUUUUUCGCGUCUCUCUGAUUCUUUCACUCUCUCUGCUGCUGCUGCGGCUGAUCAACAGGCAGGAGGCCUGUCUGUAAGUGUGAGGAGAGGAAAGGAAGGGAGAUGGAGAUUUUCUGAGAUCUUUUCUAGGCAUAGCUUUUUGGAUGGUGGAUAUGGAGAAGAAGAGGGAGAAGCUGGUGGCUAGGCUCACAAAAAGACACAUGAUAAGGAGUGGCUCCUCCUCUUCCUCUCCUACUGGUGCUGACAGUAAUAAAAAUGCGAGUGAAGGUGGAGAUUACAACGUGACAUGUAGGCAGAAGAAAGGAAAGGCUAAGGCUUUGAAGUGGAGAUUAAGCAACACUGACAUGGACAGAAAAGGAGAGGAAGGAGGUUCUGAUGGAGACUAUGAUGAUACAGUCCUCUCCUCACUGACUACAGCUAGCUUCAGCAGUCUGAUUAGUAGGAAAAGAGUGAAGAGCCUUGGAAAGGUGGCUGAGGAUUGUGAUGCUAUUGAUCCACCAGUUCCUAGAAAAUUAAGAUCAGCCAUUAAUAAACGUGCCAGUCAAACUGUUUCUACAUUACCACGGCAUGUCAAGAAGAGGCGCCAUCUUUCAGCUAUCAGCUCCCAGACUUUCCUUCUGGAUCGUGAAACAAGAUGCGACGCAAUCUCGGAGGAGGAGGUAGUUGUGGAUGCUUUGCUAUCAUUAUCUCAAGUACCUCCUCUUUGUGAGCUGCCUUCCGACAGAGCAAUGGAUGUUGCUUCAGUGCCUUGUUCAGCAGGAGAAACAAAGGAGGGUGAGAAAAUAACAGCAGUACCAACAGCUGGUAACGAAGUUGCUGGCCAACCUGUCCUUAGAGAUGAACCAGUUGAACAAACUGGCAGUUCUGCACAAAUAAAUCCUGUGCGUUGUGCUGCUAACUGCAACAGCAUAAAUCCAACUUUGCCAAAAGAUGGGCAAAUACAUGAUAUUUCUAUGGGAAUUGUAAAAAGCUUACCAAGCCCAUCUAAAGACUACAAUAACAGUUCACGGAAGCAACUGAAAGUUCAGUUUGAUAAUAGUACAAUUUAUCCAGCAAAAAACGAAGCCCCACAGUGCCUGUUUAAUUCUAAGAAGCCUGAUCUUCUGGAACAUGACAGGAAAAAUGUUAAGAAUAACACUGCCCAAGAAAUUGUGCCGUUGGUCCAGGCUUCACAACCUUCUACCCCUCACAGACCGUCUACAAGCACACUGGCAACAUGCAAUAAUACUGCCAUAGAAACUGAGAAAGGAACUGGAAAACAUCAGAGUCUUUCCAUUGUAAAUAAAAUUGGUGCCCCCUCGAAGACAUGGAAGAGAAGCAUUACCCAUGUCUACAUGUGUCAUCUCAUCCAAACGCAUUUGGACAAAGAGAAGGCAUCAGAAAACCGGGUAAAACCUGAGGAAGUUUGUCACAGCCACAUUUCAAGGUCUCCGACCGGUCCUACCAUAAGUAAGAACGUUGCACAAGACGAGAAGUUCUACGCCGUGCAUUUUGAUGUGAGGCUGCCCGUUCAACCAUCCAGUGGUGUUUGCAACACAGCCACUGCUCGACAAAAGAUGGUUAGUGGCAACUUUCUGAACUUGUCCAAUUCUGCGGCAUUACCGGCGGUGCAGCAUGUUCAGUAUUUACAUCCCCAGAUCACUCCACGCAGUGCAAUGCCGUAUCCAAUUCAGCAUCUGCCUUACAGCAGAGGGCAUUUGACACACACUGCAGUACUUCAACAGCAGGUGCCACAGUACAUGUGCAACCCAAGCUUACCAGCAAACCCAGCCGUGAUGAAGAUCCAGCAACUCAUGCCCAAUCAGCAUCACCACCACCACCAGCAGCAGCAGCAGAUGUGGCAGUUCCAGUUCCCUCAGUACCAUCAUCCAAGCCGGCCAGACACUGCUGCACUGUCAACGGCAUGGCAGCACGGCAGCCGGCUCCAGGACAUGUCUUCCCUGCGUCCGGUGCCCGUGCUGCCGGCGCCGCCGCCGCCGCCGCAGGUGGAGCUCUUCUGCUCGCCGUACCACGGCGGCGGCGGCGGCCGACAGCCGCCGCAGCUGAGGUUGAUCUAGCUAGCUAGUGAUGUGUUGAAACUGAGCAUGCGAUCUGUCGAUGCUGCUCUGUGUUGAUCUGACCAAAAAAAAAAUCUUUUUUUUUCUCAGAUGAGUUUGACAUGGCAGCCGAUGGGUGGUGGUAAAAGAUGUAAUUAAAUCUGAGAUGUUUUAUGUUGCUCGAUCGAAAGGUACUCAA